GUUAAACGACAUCGACAUGCGUACAAAAUACAAUUCCAAAUAGCUCCCGCUUCCGUUCUCAUCGUCGCCGUUGGAAAUGGAGGUGGCGACGGCAACAAGCUGCUGCUUCCGGCACCUUCCGACGUCUCCUUCCAACCUCUUAUCCUUUUCCCGCCAUAUUAGUUUCCGGCAUGUAUGGUUUGGGCAAUCCAGAGGCGUAACACUGUACAGAAAUGGACUUCCACUACGGUCUACUUGCGGUGUAACUCUUGCUCUCUCUAGAAGUAACGAAGAGUAUGUGUCGGCUUGGGAUGAUAAGCCCUUCGAAAUUCUUCCAAGUGGUAGGAAGGCUUACUUGGAUGAGCAGGAUGUGGUGUCGUUUCUUGAUUCCCCCAAGGAGUUGAUUCCUUUGGACCCAGAUUCUUACAAUCCUGCUGCGUAUCUUUGGAAAAAAAUUGAAGAUGUUCCUGAGGAAAGGCGUCAUCGACUGCUGCUUUUGUUAGAACCUAGACUCAUAUCAAGGGCUUGGCAAAUAGCUGGCACUCGAUAUGCGGAUCCCAAGUUAGCAAAGAAAAGUGCGUCAACAUUAUUAUCUGACGGAAAUGGUGUGAUGCUUGAAUAUUUCAACUGCCGUACAAGUGGAGGGCCAAUGCUAAUUUCCUGGAUUAAAUUCUUCAAAAAGGUUAUAUUUUCAUGGAAGGAUGGGAAGGCCUAUGGACGGCUCAUUGGUGGACCAGCUUUGGCCACAUUUGCUAAUUCUUUGGCUCCUUUGUAUUUCACGGUGAGGCAACUCAAGGAAGUGAUGUCAACUGAGCAGCCCUGUGAUCAAGCAUAUGAAUUUGGAGAUGGACUACAUGACAUCAAAGAACUCCCACAAGGCUUUCCAAGACCAGUUAAACAUCCUUACCCUUUCAAUGAUCAAGUUGUGAUAUAUGUCCGACAUCUAGGACCAGGGGUUUCAGUCGGGCAAGCAUGGCAAGAGGGGAACAAAUUGGAGCAAAUACCGCAAAAAUUAUGUGGUGAGAUUUUAAUGGUGAAGAAUUAUGCUUCCUGAUGACAGGAUCACUACAAAAAAUCACUGAGCUUCCCCUAGAGAAGACUGAAAUAUUAAUCUGUAAACAUGCAUAAAUGAUUUUAAAUCCUGAAGUCACUAGACAGUGGCAUGUCUGAUGCAUUAUUAUGUAAGGAUAAAUUUAACGAGAAAAUAUGACUCCAAGUGAGUUGUAUAUAUGUAGUUGAAGCUAGAGUGCUGCAGGAGCAAUAUUAUGUUGAAUUUUCUGUACUAUUGUCUUUUCUACAAAAUCAUAGUUCCAAAUUGCGUGUCAUUUUUCA